AGAGAAUUGAGCGGGAGUCAUUUUCCCACCGGCCCUAUUUCUAUAUCCCUCUCGAUUCCCCUUUCUCCCAACCCUAAUCCUUCGCUCCGCCACCAUCGACGAGCCCUCAAGCAGUCCGUCCAGCAAUCCGGCGCUGCGCAUUAGCCGUCUCCUUCCACUUCCGCACGCAAGUUGCAAUGCCUUUCACCGCUUUCUCAGCUCCUGCCAUGGACACGUAUGUUUUGAAUCUUUGUACAAAAAAUCCAAGCAAUCACCAAAUGAAGCAUUAUCGGUCUCCUAUCUGCUGUCAGGCAAUUAGCAACUCUAGAGAAGCAAUCUUUGUCAGAGCACCCCCACCUGCACUUUCUAGUAAUCCACUGUAUUCUUUGAGGAUAGGAUUGCCCAUGAGGAGCAGUCGAUGUUAUUCUCUUGAUAUUAAAGACUAUUCAGCUUCGUGCAGUAACAAGUUUCAACUUGAUGAUGUUGUUGAAUCUCAACAGUUUGAUACAGACAUUUUGAAUGGAAUAUUUGAAGUAGCUUAUGAGAUGGAGAAAAUUGAGAAGAAUUCACAAGGGAGCAAUAUGCUGAAAGGGUAUCUGAUGGCCACUUUGUUUUAUGAACCUUCUACUCGAACUAGACUUUCAUUUGAAUCAGCUAUGAAAAGGUUAGGUGGUGAGGUUUUGACUACUGAAAACGCUCGUGAAUUUUCUUCUGCUUCAAAAGGAGAAACUCUUGAAGACACCAUAAGGACAGUUGAAGGUUACUCAGAUAUAAUUGUUUUGAGGCACUUUGAAAGUGGAGCUGCUAGACGAGCUGCUUCUACAGCCAGUAUUCCUGUAAUAAAUGCUGGGGAUGGUCCAGGGCAACAUCCAACACAGGCUCUAUUGGAUGUGUACACCAUCAAAAGAGAAAUAGGUAGAUUGGAUGGAAUAUCACUUGGUUUGGUUGGUGACCUUGCAAAUGGAAGGACUGUUAGAUCACUGGCAUACUUAAUAGCUAAGUAUCAGAAAGUAAAGAUUUACUUUGUUGCACCAGAUGUUGUGAAGAUGAAGGAUGACAUCAAAGACUAUUUGACAUCUAUGGGUAUUGAAUGGGAAGAGACCUCUGAUCUAUUGGAAGUGGCUUCGAGAUGUGAUGUUAUUUAUCAAACUCGCAUUCAGAAAGAAAGAUUUGGUGAAAGGAUAGAUCUUUAUGAAGCAGCUCGUGGUAAAUACAUAAUUGACAAAAAGGUGUUGGAGGUGCUUCCUAAGCAUGCUGUUAUCAUGCACCCUCUUCCACGGCUUGAUGAGAUAACUGUCGAUGUAGAUGAUGACCCUAGAGCUGCAUAUUUCCGGCAAGCCAAGAAUGGCCUAUAUAUCCGAAUGGCACUACUUAAGCUGCUUCUUCUCGGCUGGUGAAAUUCCAAUGCAUACUACUAAAUUUUGACAUAAAAAUCUAUCGCAAUAAGCAAUUUCCCCCCUUUGCUCUUGUGUUUGGCUCUCUUGCUGCCUAAGAAUUCUUCUUCUGGCAGCUCAACUAUUUAUUUUUUGGAAACCUUUCGUGUCACUUAUCAAUGGUCGAAUGAUAAUUCCUAAUAUUAUGAUGGAGAGAUGAUUUAGUAAUGCAAUUUGCACUAUAAGUUACUGAUUU